AUGCUUCGUCGUGGACUCUCACUUGGACGCGUACCUCGACAUGUCUCUCCUCAACGUCGUUUCUUCAUCCAGUCCGCUUGCGACGGAUUUCUGGAUCUUGCGACCGUGAUACCUUUUGGCUCGUAUAUUCCGCCGUAUUCCGGCACAAUCAUUCUCGUCACUGCCGUCUCCCGUCUUGCCCUCUUCCCUGUAGCUCUCUGGGGCAGAAAUCGCGUGCGCACGCUUGAAGAUGUUGUGUUGCCAGAGGUCGAAAGACUGAAACCAAUCCUCUCAAAACAGGUCCUGGACGAGAUGAAGAAAGAGCCAAUGCCCAAGGAAAUGUUGAACGUCGAAAACCUUCAGCGCAUGCAUAUCUCCCGUUUCAUCGAAAGGGUCAAAGCCGAACAAACGCGUCUAGUCGCCCAACACAAAUGCUAUCCUAGACUCGCGAUUCUUGCCAGCCCGCUCAGCCAGCUGCCUGUCUUCGUCUUCAUGACCACUCUCUUCAACCGUCUCGCGGCUGACCCAACUCCCUUCGACUCUGAGGCGUUCUUUACCCUCACCACGCUCAACCACCCAGAUGCUACCUGGACACUGCCCAUCAUGCUCGGCAUGAUAACGAUGGCCAACGUCGAGUCCAACAACUGGCUCAUGAGCGCUGUGCAGCGCGACCGAAUGCGUAAAAUGGAGGAGGACCGCGAAAAACAAAUAGCAGCAGGGCGAAGGAGUCCUAUCCAAGUACACAAAAUCAUCAAAAGCUCGCUCAGUCUACUGUCCGUCGUGCGGAUUAUCGUUGCUGCAUUCAGCCCUGGAAGUGUUGUCUUAUAUUGGACUACUUCAGCGACAUUGGGCUUGUUUCAGACUUGGAUAUUGGACUACCGACCGUCCAUUAAGACUUCUCCCGCCCCUCCUAGUCCAAUAACAGAAACCCUCCCUCCGAAACCCAUUCGAAAAUUACCAAAGAGUCGCAAAAACAAGUGA